GUAUAUAGUCAGUUAGACAACGGCGGUAAAAAAUGUCUUCAUUUUGGCUUGGAAUGGCAUUGUGGUCUACGUUGCAUCUAGUGAGCGCCGAGAAUUUGACAGAUUGGAACACUGGCGGUGGCGGAUUCAAAUGGCGGACCAACUGUGAAUUUCCCGGCGAUGAUAUAGGUAAAGUUCCCCUUACGACUGCAACCAGAGAAGAGUGUGGCCGAAUUUGCAUCGCCAACCCCCAGUGUAGCCAUUUUGUGUUUGGUUACCUGGAAAAUUGUUACAUGAAGAAGGCGCCAUCGACGACACCUCGUCAAGAUAUCGAUUAUGACAGUAUAGCCAUUUGUGGGUUCAUUCCCUGGAGAUUUGAAUCUGAAUCUGGAAGGGAUGACUGGAAAUCUAUCAGCAGAAGUGGUGUUCAUAACUGCGGUUUCUAUGGCAACGACCAUUUGAUUUUGACCACGGAGUGCCGACAGACCAAAGAUUGCUCCUUUUGGUACGAACAGGUUAUUCCCACUAAUGGUUCAACAGCCUGUAAAUUAGAAGACGGAAGUGCUGGAUCGUGUUGCCCGGUGCUCCCAAAACCUAAACAAAUACAAUUUAUUAAAAUGAUUCCUGGUGAGAAGGAGCGAAUAAUAGAUGCGGGAACAACUCUCACGUUAACGUGCGUCUACGCCUUUGAUGACGAAUAUCAAAAGAACAAUUUCAAUUUUUCGUGGGAAAUUCCAGAUGAAUUAACAAAAAAUGCUGAAUUCAGCGACUUGGACAAACGCCUUCGCAAAACGUUUCGAAGGAAUGAGACUCACAUGACAUCAACGUUGUCUCUGGCAAACGUAAGAGCCAGAGACACUGGGAACUUUGGUUGCAAGGGCGUCCCGUUCGGAUUUUCUAAUAAAUUUACAGUCAAUCAAUACGUCUAUGUUUUCAAUGAUACGGAACUUGUAAUAGUCGAGGGUAACAAAUAUUACAUACAUAUUCCACACGGUGAAACCAACUACCCGAUCAUGUGCAGACCAAAUCAUCCAAAAGUAAAUGUUUCUCUUAUACACAGACAUCAAUACACAGCAAGAGGUCAAAACUGGCUGGAACCCAAAAGCGAUUUGCUAUCAGAUCCGAAUUCAAAUUGGUCUUACGAACAAAGAAAAGGCCUUAAACUCAAGAAAGCGAAGAUUGACGACAAUGGCAUUUUCAAUUGCAUUGGGACCUAUGCAAAUAAGACGACUACCACUGCUUCCUUUUUAUAUAUUACUGGAAUGGAACUGACCAGGGUUGAUGGCGAAGGUGAUCAUUUUGAAGGGAGUAACGUUACUUUAAGCUGCCGGACUUACAAAUAUACCAAGUUCUCUACUCCACCAAAGUGGUCAUACCGAAUUAACGGAAAACAGCAGAUUCAUUUAAUUGAUGAAAACAAUCCACCUGAAGGCGUUAAAAUUAUAGAGGACAAAUUUGACUAUGGUGGUAAAACCCUUUACGAAAAUCAACUUUACAUUUUCGACAUCAGUCCAAAUGCCUAUAGCUUUCAAUGCCAAGGAAGUGGUUUCACUGAAAAUAUUUCAUUUCGCGCUAUUCAAAUCAAUGGUGACUCAUCACAGCUUAAAUUUGUUCAAAUAGAGAAAGAUAUCGCUCAAAACUUGACUUGCUUCAAUAAUAAAGGAUCUCAGAAUGCUCGCAUCGAAUGGUUUCAGGUGAAUUAUAUUUAAUUCAGAAUUAAUUCGUUUCCAGAAAUCAUUCACCAACGUUUCAUUUAUAGAAUGGGAAAGAAUAUUCCGGACAAGUCUACUC